AUGUCAACGGCACAAAUUCCUCACUGGAAACCUUUAGUCCUCGCAAAGCGCGCCGCCCAACAAGCUCUCAUCCCAACAGAAUGGCUCCUCCCAGAAUCAAUCUUAUCUAACCCCCCUCUAUCAAGCCUUGAUGCAAUCCGAUCAAGCGGAAUUCUCUCACCAGAUGAACUAGCAUGGACAGACAGAACCGAUAUCCAAGAUCUAGUCUCGGCUAUUAAAUCCCGCCAUGUGACAAGUUUGCAACUUACAACUGCUUUUUGUAAACGCGCCGCUAUUGCACAGCAGCUGACCAAAUGUCUGACGGAAAUAUGUUUUGAGAGAGCGCUCGAGCGGGCACGGGAGCUUGAUGAGCAUCUUGCGCGGACGGGUGAGGUUGUUGGACCUUUGCAUGGGAUUCCCGUGUCGAUCAAAGAUCGAUUUGAAAUUGAGGGACUUGAUACUACAGUUGGUUGGAUUGGGCUUAUCGGUAAACCAGCAAAAUCCUCGAGUGAGAUUGUACAGCUACUUGAGUCGAUGGGGGCAAUCAUGUAUGUCAAAACGAAUAUUCCUCAAUCACUAAUGAUGGCCGAUUCCUACAACAAUGUAUUCGGACAAUCUACCAACGCGUUCAACCGCAACCUCAUCUCCGGCGGCAGCUCCGGCGGCGAGGGAGCUCUCGUCGGCUGCGGAGGCAGUAUUUUAGGUAUCGGCACAGACAUCGGUGGAUCAAUUCGAGUGCCUUCUGCAUUACAAGGACUCUAUUCUAUCUUCCCAACGACAGGACGAGUGCCAUGGGAUUGCUCAUUCCGACACCAGCAUUACCUAGUCCCACCUGUCGCGGGCCCAAUGGCAUCUUCACUUGCAACGACGGAGUACUUCAUGCAGAGUCUCCUAGCCUCGAAGCCAUGGGAUAUUGAUCCAUCUGCCAUUCCCAUUCCGUGGAGGACGGAGCUUGCUACCCCACCUAAAGAUCGGAAAUUGAGAAUCGGCGUUGUCAUCGACGAUGGGGUUGUGAAACCACAGCCACCUGUCACGCGGGCGAUGAAUGAGACUAUUCAGGCAUUGCGCGCAGCGGGACACGAAAUAAUUGAAUGGGAUACAACCCUCCACACCCCCGCAACUGAGAUGUGGUACAAAGCCAUCUUAGGCGAAGGCGGCUUCCACUGUCGCCAACUAUGCAAACUAAUCAACGAACCCCUGAUAGAGGGUAUGCUCGUCGGCGAAGAGAACGACAUGCUAAACAUCGACGAGCGCGAGAAAAUCGAAGAAGAGAAAUAUGUCCUAUCAACCGCCAUGCUGAAACAAUGGCUUGAUACCCGUAUCGAUGCUCUGCUGAUGCCUGCCAUCCCGUGGGUCGGAUAUGAGCCUAAGACAUGGGUGAAGAGUAAGCAGUGGAUUGGGUAUACUGGGGUGUGGAAUCUGUUGAAUUAUGCUUCUGUUACUGUGCCGGUUGGCAAGGCGGAUCGGGAGCUUGAUCUUGUGGGUGGAGGGAAGGAUGCUGAGUGGGAGGGAUACUCUCCCAGAAAUGAGUCUGAUGCGUUUAAUUAUGAGCAGUAUGAUAUUGAGCUUGUGCAUGGGAUGCCUAUUUGCGCACAGAUUGUUGGUGGGAGAUUUGGUGAAGAGAAGGCUAUUGCUGUGGCGAAGGUGGUGGAUGAGUUGAUGAACCCGACUCCGUUCCAUCCGUUUAGUUUAUAA